AUGAGCAUCAAUAACAUUGAACUGCUCAAUGGAUCAAACUACAAGAAAUGGAAGGGAGACAUUGAAUUGAACCUGGGAAUUCUGGACUUUGAUCAUGUGCUAAGGGAGGAUCCACCACAGGAGCCAGCUGCUAAUGCAAGCAAGGAGACUAAGGACAAGUACCUGCAGUGGCAUAGGCAUAAUAGAAUGGCCUUGAUCUGCAUGAAGAAAAGCAUGACAGAUGCAGUGAAGGGAGGAAUUGCAGAUUCUGAAAAUGCAAGGGUGUUUUUCAACUCCAUUGCAGAUAAGUACAAGGUGUCUGACAAAGCUGAGACUGGAAAUUUGAUGAAUAAACUUAUCAAGAUGAGGUUCAAUGGACAAGGAAGCAUCAGGGAGUACAUUAUGCAAGGGAUAGACACUGCUGGAAAGUUGAAAGGCCUAAAUGUGACAGUUGAAGAUACUUUCUUGGUGAGGAGACUGAAGUACUCAAGAUGA